CAGAACUCUUCCUCGUCGCAAAGAGUUUCUCUGACCUUUUCGCAAUUUUCAUUCAUUCUCUUCAUGUUCGAGCCAAUUGACCUGAAUUCCUCCUGAUUUAUGCAUCUUUAAAAAGCUAUUUCAAUCACUGCCGCAAGGCUCAGGUCCCGCGACUUAACAAUAAUCUACGGCACCGUGCAUACUACGAUUGCUCAGCAAAAUGCCUGCGAAAUCGAGAUUUACGAGGCUCGAUGCCUUCACGAAGACUGUCGACGAAGCCCGGGUCCGCACGACCUCUGGUGGAGUUGUUACGAUAGCUUCAUUGCUUAUUGUUCUAUGGCUUGCUUGGGGAGAAUGGGCAGAGUACCGACGGAUAGUGGUGCACCCAGAGUUGAUUGUGGAUAAAGGAAGAAGCGAAAAGAUGGAAAUACAUCUGAACAUUACCUUUCCAAAAAUCCCUUGCGAACUAUUGACCCUCGAUGUUAUGGAUGUGUCUGGAGAGCAGCAGACCGGUGUCAUGCACGGUGUCAAUAAGGUCAGACUUUCGCCACAAGAGGAGGGUGGUACUGUCAUUGAUGUGAGGUCUUUGGACUUGCACUCUGCUUCUGACGAAGCCACUCAUUUAGACCCCGAUUACUGCGGCGGCUGUUAUGGCGCAAACCCUCCCCCGAACGCACAAAAGGCUGGCUGUUGUAAUACGUGCGAUGAAGUUAGAGAAGCAUAUGCCAGUGUAUCCUGGGCGUUUGGCAGAGGAGAGGGUGUAGAACAGUGUGAGCGUGAACAUUACGGAGAAAGACUGGAUUCCCAGAGAAAGGAAGGAUGCCGAAUAGAGGGCGGCCUUCGAGUCAACAAGGUAGUGGGUAACUUCCACAUUGCUCCUGGAAGGAGUUUCAGCAAUGGCAAUAUGCACGUCCACGACCUGAACAACUACUUCGACACCCCAGUACCAGGUGGCCAUGUAUUCACACACGAAAUCCAUUCUCUUCGUUUCGGUCCACAGCUCCCCGACGACGUUGUGAAGAAGCUUGGUAGCAAGCAGCUACCAUGGACGAACCACCACAUUAAUCCUUUGGACAAUACCGAGCAAAUCACAGCAGACCCAGCUUACAACUUCAUGUACUUCGUCAAGGUUGUAUCCACUUCCUAUCUUCCAUUGGGAUGGGAGAAGAACGCAUAUGGCACAAACUCAGGACCUGAAGUUGGCAUUGGAUCAUAUGGUCAUCAAGACGACGGAAGCGUUGAGACGCAUCAAUACUCAGUUACAAGUCAUCGUAGAAGUCUCAGCGGUGGCGACGAUGCUGCUGAAGGUCACAAGGAGAAGCUCCAUGCUCGUGGUGGUAUUCCAGGAGUGUUCUUCUCAUAUGACAUCUCACCAAUGAAGGUUAUUAACAGGGAGGAACGAUCAAAGAGCUUCACCGGUUUCUUGACUGGACUUUGUGCCAUCAUUGGAGGUACUUUGACAGUUGCGGCAGCAUUGGAUCGCGGAUUAUAUGAAGGAACCACGCGUCUCAAAAAAUUGCAAUCGAAGAAUAUGUGAGGGGUCGAAUUUUUUAUCAGGAUUUUGGCAUGGAACGGAGUUCAGAGGUUGGCUUUGAAUAUAAAAUUUCCCUGCACAUGAUGGAUUGCUUGCAAAUGUGACUGAGUGAGUGGUCAAUUUGACUUUGAAUCAUGUGAUGCUUUCUUCCAGCAAUCGGAUGCAUCCGCAUCUU